AUGACACGGUCCGAAGCCGCCGCAGCUGAUUUGUUCCGAAGCCACAACUUGCCAUCGCUGCACCGGUUGCAGCGAGAUGCAGGAUAUGAAAGGAAACAGGUUCAACUUCCAUGCCUGCUGGGCGGCUUAUUUGCCCUUGCCCUCAGUCUCAGUGGAUGUAACGAUCCGAGCACAGGCGAUAAGUCCGGACCAAUGGAGACGGCCUGCGAUGAGUCCACGAAGAGAGGGCAAUGCUCGAAAUGCAUGUGCAUCGGCAAAGCCAAAAAGUGCAGCAGCGCUGUUGGGUGCGUCGCUUGCAAAGAGCCCUAUGCUUUUCUCAAAUUGAAUGACACCAACAGCUCGGACACCGGAUCCCUGCACUUCGGCAGCUGUGCCUUUCAGUGUCCGGAUCCCAGCAACGUCUCGUGGCCGGUGAUGCCAAAGAAUGCUCUGGACUACAACGGCAAGGAGUGGCCGGCGGCAUGCUUCAACGGAACAGAGGAGCAGCGCUACUUCAUUAUAGGUGACUGGGGUGGCAUCGUUAGUGGCUCCGGACCACCGCUCACAUUUAAGAACCGGCCGACGGUCAUCGAUCCCAUUGACACUCAUGCUCAAACCUACGUGGCGGACAAGAUGGCUGAAGUCGCUGCUGACUUGAAGCCGAAGUUCGUGCUCAACGUCGGCGACAACUUCUAUCCUGGUGGAAUCAGUAGCCCCGGCACCUGCAAUGCCGAGACGGACAAAACAGAUCCGGCGGGGCAGAUCAUUUUCACGAAUGUUUUCGAGAACGUGUACAAGGGCCCUGGCUUGGACGGCGUGGAGUGGUGGGGCGUGCUGGGCAAUCACGACUAUGGAGGCUAUCACUACAAUGUCCAUUGGGAUCAGAACAUCUUCUACACCUGGAACUCCCCCAAGAGUCGCUGGCUCACGCCCGCCUUGUACUGGAAGCGAACAGCGCAAUUUCGCAACUUCUCCGCUGAGUUCUUCUUCGUGGACACCAACAAGGUAGACACUUACGGCAAUCCGGAUGCCGACCCGGAGCACAAUAUUUGUGCUCGAUCCCACAACCAGCCACCUCAGCCCCUGGGAUGCAACGGCACCUCGAUGACGAGCCCAGACACCUGCUGGAAGUUCUUUGACGACUUGUGGAAGGACCAGAAGGAGUGGCUUGCGAAGGAGCUUCAGGCAUCUACUGCUGAGUGGCAGAUCAUCGUAACUCACUAUCCGCCGAACUUUGAGCCCUGCCGUUCGACCUGGGAGAGCUAUCUCGUCGAAUAUGGCGUCGACUUCUACGUCAGCGGCCACACCCACUUGCAGCACACCAACACGACCUUUGGGGAGACUGCAUUUGUGAUUUCAGGAGGUGGCGGAGGCAUCACCUCUGAAAUUCUGCCUAGCAAAACAGGGGAGGAUGAUGGGUAUGGCUUCAUGGACGUCGUCAUCCAGCACGAUGCCAUGUAUGUCACCAGAUACUCCCAUGGUGGAGUAGACAAGAAGACCAUUGUCCGCGGUGUGACGAAGGUGAGCCCACGCAGCCCGAAGGCAGUUUCACAAGUCGCGAAGGCGGAGCCAGAAGUCGCGAAGGCACUGGGAGGGGACAGCUUAGAUGCGAACAUGCUUGGUGUUGCACAGAAAACAAGAGCGAACGAGCUGAACGAGCUCAGCCACAUUGCAGUUGUAUGCCGGGUCCUGACGCGCAAUGUCUCGGGUCCAAAUGCCUGCGGCACAAGUAUGUCGUACUUGCUUAGUGGACGAAUCGAGGAUACGGCAUCGAUCCCUGCAGCAGAGGUGACAUUUGAUGGCAGCACCUCCACC